GCGAGCGCCACGCGCGGGGCGGAGCGGAGCAAGUUUGUAUUCCAAGUUCGGAGCCCCGGAGCCCCCGCGGCCGACGCUCAGGUGCCCUCCGCCGGCGUCGGGAUGGAGCUGCCGGCCGUGAACCUGAAGGUGAUUCUCCUGGUUCACUGGCUGCUGACCACCUGGGGCUGCAUGGUGUUCUGGCAUGCUUAUCCCUGGGCCAACUUCACCGUUCUGGCCCUGGGUGUAUGGGCCGUGGCACAGCGGGACUCCAUCGAUGCCAUAGGCAUGUUCCUGGGGGGCUUGGUGGCCACCAUCUUCCUGGACAUCAUCCAUAUCAGCAUCUUCUACCCGAAGUCCACCCUUGGGGACACAGGCCGCUUCAGCGCCGGCAUGGCCAUCCUCAGCCUGCUGCUCAAGCCCUUCUCCUGCUGCCUGGUCUACCACAUGCUCCGGGAGCGUGGAGGCGUGCUCUCACUCCGCCCUGAUUUCCUUGGACCUUCUCAGGAACAUGGUACCUACCAGACAAUUGACACAACAGAGGAGCCUGCAGAGCACUUCGCAGGCCCAGAGGGCAGAGGCCAAGCCACCCCCCGGGGGUAUUGACACCGCCCCAGCAGCGCGGCCUGCUUGGUGCUUCUUGCCUCCCUUGUCUGAACCUGUAGAGGACUGUCUUCCAGUCCCCAUGCCAGGAGUGGCCUGAAUCAAGUGUCUGGAACGUCAGGAGUCCUACCCAGGCUUCAGAGCACCGGGUGCAUCUCUCCUUCAAGUCACCUCCUGGUCCCCAGGCUGGAACUCUAGUUGUUGGCUUCUCUUCCCAUCCCGUAAUUGCGCCAAGCAGUCCCUGCCAAGUUGUACUGAGGGUGGCAGCAUCAGGUAUUGAGGGCCACCUCCUCAGGCCUCCUCCAGGUUGCCCAGCCCUUCUGCAGAAGCUCUGAGAGCUUGGGAUCCUGCCCAGCCUCGGGACCUGUUCUGCAUAGGAACAAGGUCCCAUGACUCUCACCGCCUGAUUGCUUUGUGCCAAGGCCUGAAGCUUCCAAGACCUGCCACAGCCUGCAGCUGCCUUUCUUGGAGCCCCGGCAUUAAAGUUCAGGGACUCAGUGACCCAGCUGUGUUUGAGCCAUGUUUGAUCUCUGGGCUGAGACCUGACUUGCCAUUCCUGGGACAAUUUCACCUUUGAAUGCCCAGAUAGAGCCUGGGCUGAGCUGCCCAUUCUGUGCAUGGAGGAAGGAGUGGCUUUUGCUGGGCCUGGCUGCAGCCUACCCAAGGAGGAUGCUGGUCAGUUUGGCACGCAGGCAUCAGUCCUCUGACUCUGAGGACCUGGGCCUUGGCUUGAGUCCUUCAUUGACAGCAGCUGUGCACCCUCAGUGUCCUUUUUGGGGUUGUUUGUUUGUUUUUUGAGGUAGAGUCUUGCUGUGGCCUAGACUGACCUGGAAUUCACCAUGUACUCUCAGGUGGCCUCAUAUUCGCUGUGAUCCUCCUACCUCUGCCUUGUAAGU